AUGGCUGCUCAGGAAUGGGACUGGUUCCAACGCGAGGAGCUCAUCGGGCAGAUCAGCGACAUCCGCGUCCAGAACCUGCAAGUUGAGAGGGAGAAUGUGCAGAAGAGGACCUUCACUCGGUGGAUAAAUCUACAUCUGGAGAAGUGCAACCCGCCUCUAGAAGUUAAUGAUUUAUUCAUCGAUAUACAAGAUGGCAAAAUCCUAAUGGCUCUGUUAGAAGUCCUGUCGGGGAAGAAUCUGCUGCAUGAGUACAAAUCCUCGUCCCACCGUAUUUUUCGGUUGAACAACAUAGCGAAAGCACUCAAGUUUUUGGAAGAUAGCAAUGUGAAGCUGGUUAGCAUCGACGCCGCGGAAAUAGCAGAUGGCAACCCCUCCUUGGUUCUUGGGCUGAUAUGGAACAUAAUCCUCUUUUUCCAGAUUAAGGAGCUCACGGGCAACCUCAGCAGAAACUCUCCGUCUUCCAGCCUGUCACCCGGCUCGGGAGGCACAGACUCAGACUCCUCCUUCCCCCCAACGCCCACCGCAGAGCCGAGCGCGGCAGUGUCUGUGAAAGACCAGAGGAGGGCCAUCAGGACCCUGCUGGCGUGGGUGCAGAGGAGAACGAGGAAGUAUGGCGUGGCGGUGCAGGACUUCGCCGGCAGCUGGAGGAGCGGGCUGGCUUUCCUGGCUGUCAUCAAGGCCAUUGACCCCAGCCUGGUGGACAUGAAGCAGGCCCUGCAGGACUCCAUGAGGGAGAACCUGGAGAAGGCUUUCAGCAUCGCACACGACGCCCUUCACAUUCCCAGGCUGCUGGAACCUGAAGACAUCAUGGUCGACACGCCGGACGAGCAAUCCAUCGUGACCUACGUGGCACAGUUUCUAGAACAUUUCCCGGAGUUGGAAGCCGAGGAUUUUGUGGAUUCAAGUAAAGAAGCCCCGAUUGAAUCCACCUUUGUCCGCAUCAAAGAAACACCUUCUGAACAGGAAAGCACAGUCUUCUUCCUCACUGAAAACGGGGAGCGUGCCUACACCAUGAACCACGAAACCAGCCACCCGCCGCCCUCCAAAGUCUUUGUCUGUGACAAAUCUGAGAGCAUGAAGGAAUCCCAUCUGGAUGGCGUUUCCAGCCAUGAGCUGUCAGACAGUUCCACCGAGGUCAUCCACCAGGUCAUUGACCAGGUCCUUCAGGGGGUCUCAGGUAAGACCAGCAGCAUCAGUGAGCCAUCUCCAGAAUAUUCCAUCUUAUCAUCCAGGAAGGACAGCCGGAGGUCCAACUCCCUGCCAAUCAAGAAAACUGUGCACUUUGAGUCUGACACAUACAAGGAUGCUUCCUGCAGUAAAGACCCUUUCUAUAGUCCAGACUUUGGCUUUGAAGGGAGUCCGAGACAAACAAAGGAGUUGUCAAAGCAAGAUGAACAUGAUCUGGCUGUCACGACUGCCGAGGAAAAGCCAAAAGAGGAAGCCCUAAAGAUCCUGGAAGUAGCCUCUGACGAGGCCCUAGGUGAUGUUUCCGUGGCAGGUGGUAAGAUCAAUAAUUCUCAGACAUCCCAGAGUUCUCCCUCCUGGGAUGGGACAUUGGAGAGGGCAGCCAGCCAAGGGGAAGAAAGUCGUCCCCUUUCACCCCUUGGGGAGGACACCGUUAUGGCCGAGUCCUUAGAGAUCAAGGUUAAGUUGCUGACUGUACAAGUUAUGGAUAAAGAAGACUAUUUUGAAUGUAUACCAUUAAAAGCCUCUAAACUUAGCAGCGACCUGGUAGACUUUGCCUCGACCAGCCAGGCUUUCAAUGAGCUUUCUUCACCUCCCAAGAAAAAACCUGCUGAGGAUGAGGUUGUGGAAGAACACGCUGAGAAACUGGGUAAAAGAAGGAGUAAAUCUACCCACAAAAACAAAGAGCCAGACGAGCCCCCAGCGGCGCCUGGCAGCCACGGGCCUUCCACGGGUCUCGAACAAGAAGACCAAGGCUAUUCUUUGGCCCUAGAGGAUGCACCGGCGGAUAAAAAGCCAGAGGUAUAUGAAAAGGCAAAGCGGAAGUCCCUGCGUCACCCGGCUGGCGAGGAAGAAGCGGAGGCUGAAAGCCCCCAGGGGCUUGGCCGAGAGUUGCCUUCCAGCCCACCGAGCAGCAGCGUCAGCUUGGAGACCCUUAGGAGUCACAGCGAAGAAGGCCUGGACUUCAGACCCUCCCCACCCCUCUCCAAGAUUUCCGUCAUCCCGCACGACCUUUUCUACUACCCACAUUACGAGGUUCCCCUGGCCGCCGUGUUGGAGGCGUACGCAGAAGGCUCGGAGGAUUUGAAAAAUGAAGAGUUGGACUUCGAAGAACCAGAGGGCUACCUGUGUGACCGGGGGCCCGGAGAGGGGGAGGAGGAGGCCGAGGCCUCCCAGAGCAGCUGCAGCUUCUCGGGGCCCAGCAAGAACCUCCCUCAGGCCACCGUCCAUGAGCUCUAUCUGGACGAGGGUGCGGAGGGUGCCCAACCAGCCUCCGAACCCGCUGCCCCAGCCGCCCAAGAGGACCCCCAGCAGAGGGAGGCCGAAGACAGCGUCCCUGGGGAGAGCCACCAGUCCCAGGAAUCCCCACGUUCGGAAAACUUAGCAAACCCUCUAGAAGAAAAGGUAAUGGAGGAAUCAAUCAGCAGUAAAAAAAAGGAAAAACGGAAACACGUGGACCACGUAGAAAGUUCAGUAUUCGUAACACCCGGAACUGUUCGCUCCUCAGAUGACCUGGAAGACGACACUGGUGACUACAGAGUCCUUUCCAGGACUAGCCACAGCGACUCCAGCAUUUACAUUCGACGCCAUUCUAAUAGGUCUUUGGAAACGGACCAUUUUAGCUAUGUUCAAACGAGGAACGCAGCCGAUCUGGAUGACAGAAGAAACCGAAUGCUAACCAGGAAGGCCACCCACUCUGGAGAAGCCAUACUGCGGGAGGGCGGUGGCCUGCACAGCGACUCGCUGACCCAGUUUGUCCAGCAGCCGGACAUGAUGUAUUUCAUCCUUUUCCUCUGGCUCCUAGUAUACUGCCUGCUGCUCUUCCCACAGCUGGACAUCAACAGACUCUGAUGCAUGUGUCUGCGUAAUAAAGACAGGACCCCGACGGGGUGGGACUUCUUGACACUUGAUUUUAUUUCGGGUCUGGACAGGGCACCUCUGCAGGUAGUUGAGAACCUCCCAGGAAACUUGGACGCCCUGCUUCUUCUUCGUGUUCCCUUUUCCUCCUGUGCAGCCUAAGCAUGCUCUCUCUCUGGCUGUGUCCUCGACACUCAGGGCUGUGCCGGAUCCCUGGGUGGGCUUCGUCCUUGUGUGCCUUGCUGUGUCCGUUACUAAUAUUUAGCCAUAAUCCGGGUCUUAGGUCUCCCACACGCAGGUUUUCGAGGUCUUGGAUGGACUCAGGUUCCUUACCUCUUAGAGGAGCAUCCUCCUGAUGAGAGAGAGAGAGUUGAUGCCCUAGGCAGAGCCUCCGGUGGGAAGAAAACCGCCAUGUUUUUAUCCCGGAGGGGAUGUUUGCGUAAAGGUACCUGGUGUCCACGCACCUGUGUGGUCUGGCGAUUGAGGGACUCUCUGAGCAGCACACAGCUGCCAGCUCAAGGACAGGGCAUCCAGGAAUGGCGAAAUCCAACGAGGACAGGGAAGGCUGUUCCGUGAGCUGCAAUGCACUCUUUUUCACCCCUGUUUUUUUGUUUGAUUGUUUUUGAAUGAGAGGGUGAGUGGGAUGCAUUUUAAAUUUACUUUUGCAUUGACCGAAUUGAGGUAGAGCUGUGAUUUUCAAAUUGUUUCCAUCAAAGGAAUCCUCCUUUGAAGUGAAUUCUCGGAGGAGGGGGCAGGCCAGACGAUAGAUUCAAAGCCACACUCUGGCUGACACAGGGCAGGCCUGGGGUCCCUCCCACCUCACCUCGGCAGCGCCCUGGCUUCCAUCGGUGACUCCUGAGGCAUCCACGCCAGUCCUCAAGGCCCCGCCAGGCGCUGCAAAAAGCCUUUCCAAGCCUGAGGAAUGCAGAAGAGGAUGGGCUAGGCACGAGCUCCCACCGAUGUUCGGCCUGGACGAGGUCCAGCAGGUUCCUCCCUGAAGCCUUGUGCACACCUGUGUCGGCUCGGGCAAACUUUGCGGCCCUUCAUGAUGUGUUUCUGGAAAAGGCCCUCUGGAAAGCGCCCUGAGAAGCAGACCGGAACGGGCGGGCAGUUUGCAGAGGACAGAGGCACCCACCCCUCCUUUUCGUUUUCCACACUGGGCUCCCCUCACUCCACGUUUCCUGGGGAGACGCAGGUCACUACGACUCGGUAUUGCUUCCUCCUCCCGUGAUCGUCUCCCAGAAGAAACAAAAUCACACAAAAUCAGGUCAGGAGGGGCCCUCAGACAGCGUCUCGUCCAGUCGAACCCAGAGAGGCAGAGCAGGUGGUCCAAGGUCACCCGGCCCACCAGGAGCAGACUUGCAAGCACACCCAGGCCACCUAGGCCAAUCCACAGCUGUCCCCUCUUUUAGGGAAUUUCCAUUGUGCCCAUGAGUGUCUUGAAAAAAAAAGAUAAAAUGAUUAGAUACAAAUGACCUCGUUUAAACAAAACCAGAACUUCUGGGCCAACUUUCAGCCUUCGUUUUGUUCUCGUAUUUUUCUUUCAAGGAAGUUUUCUUCACUUUCAAGCUCGUCCCCUAUUACUUCUGGGGGACCCUUGACAGCUCUAACGGCUUGUCAGUUGACAUACCAGCAUUGUUCUCACUCCAGGAAUCACGUCUCUCUCUUAGCAAGCCAACGAGUCGCUUAUGACAAGCAGCGCGACUCAAGUUUACAGAAUCCAGCAUGGCCGAAAGAAUUCACAUAGCACAUUUGAGUCGAUGACAGCCAAAAUCUGGCCUCUAACCCACGCAGUUUACAGCCCGCCUUCCCUCCACAAACGAACCGAAGCCCUCUCAGCCGAAAGCUGUUGGGAGCUUGGAGUGGUUCCAUCUUGAAUGCUGAGUGUCCCCUGGAAAAUGAGCUAAUUAAUGAGCGCCCUGGCGUCAUGCAAAGCUCAAAGGUACAGAUAAUAAAGAUUACGUGUGUGAUAUUUUAGAGCCCUCGACACCAUGCCGUGCUCGCCUAAAUUAGGGGCUUGAAGAGCUGACCCACACGUUAAAUCGUUUCAUUUAUGGGUCUAGACUUGGUUCAGAAAAACCUCGGCAGGCUUCUUCUCUCACCCAUUACAACUUGUAAUAUUGUUUAAAACUGUCUACUGGCAAAAUGCCUAGAAGUCAUUUGGUUCAGGUUGGCAGCAAACUGACUUUUUUUAAGGAAAAAAAAAAUUUCUCAUUUGAGUAUAGGCUUAUAUGGAAGAAGCUGGAUGUAGAGGACGGAUGUAGAAGCCUACAGGGCACAUUGCCCCGUGGCUUGUAAUUUUUUUAAAAAAGAAUUCAUUGUAAACUCUUAUCCAAGUAAUACAUCUUCAUAAUUUAAAAAGCAACAAACACUAUAAGGUUUUUAAUGAAAACUGGCAGCCUCCCGAGUCUUGCUCCUCAGAUAUAACACUUUCAACUCAUUUUGCUGUUUCUUCUAAUAUUUACCUUUGCAUUUGUACGUAAUAUACAUAUACUUUUAUUUUUUAAAUUAAUUUAGAGGCAUCUAGUGACUUGCUGUUAUGGCAGAUGAGGCCCUCGCUCUUACCCUUCCCCCGCUUUGUUUUUUGAGUAUGGUUGGAUUAUGUGUUUGGUGCAUCUCUAUUCAGUGUAGAUGUAUAAGGACUGUUUACUCCUGAGCCAAGGAGUGUCUGUGGUUACAUGUCUUUUUUUGUUAGAUUUCCCCACGCUUAGUUUGAUUUGGGGGGGAGGGGGUGGCACACUCUUUAGUAACUUCCAUAGAAAAGGAACAUGGGUAGUAAAUGUUGAAAAUAUUUUGAGGUUUUUGCAUAACUUAAAAUGUUUUUAUUCUGCCCUUACCCAGGUGUGGCUUGGUAUAGAAUUAUGGGGGAGAAAAUGAUGCCCUCUCCCUACUCCCCAACGUGGUUUUUGAGAUUCCGAUGCCAUUCUGAUUCCCAGGCCUUUAGGUGUGGCUCACAUGUCUCCCCAUCCCAGGAAACAUUUAAGAUCCCUUCACUGUUUGUGUUCUGAACUGUCCCGAUGGUGUCGUACCCUUGUCGUACCUCACGCUGGGGUCUCAUGGGAAAUAUCUUAAAUUUUCUGACAGUCGUUCACCUUCUUUCUUUCUGGAUCACCUGUCGUUCCAAUGUUGGACUUCCCAGAUUAACCCUCUAAUAGUUUUCAUCUUUUCUAUUUCUUGUCUUUAUUGUUUUGAUCUGCUUUCGGGGAGAGUUAUUCAGCUUUAUCUUCUCAAUAUACUUGAUGAAUGUUUUAUUUCAUUUUAAUUUCCAGACCUUUCUGUUCUUUUGUCUCUUGCUUCCUUUUUAUAGUGUCCUGCUCUUGUUUCAUGGAUGCAGGCAUAUCUCUCUGGGUGUUCAUGGUCGUGGGGUUUGGAAGUUAUUUUCGUCCCGCCCCCCGCCCCGCCCAUUGUUGCCUUUGCCUCCUCUAAGUUUCCUUUCUCUCGGUCUCAGUCGCUGUCUUUCGUGUUACUAGUUUUUUCAAAUAUCCGGUGAUCCUGGGGACCUGUUCAUGUUUGAGUCACGCAUCAAAAAACAAAUUGGAAGCUCUGUGCGCCAACUCGUUGGCUUUGCUGUAGGGUCACCAGGUGGGCACCUGGACUCUUCAUGGGAGGCCCCCAAAUAUUCAAUAUAGGCGGUUCUUUCUCUGGGGCUCAUUUUGUUUCUUUAGAGAUAUUUCCGCUUCUCUCACGCGCACGAGGCUGCUACAAGCCUAUGCAGUGCCUUUGUGCCGCUUCAAAAGAGGCGUCUCCUCUGAGUGGAUGACUUAGGAAAAGGUGCCUCCUCUGAGUAGAAGCCACCCAUGGACACUUAGCUGGACUGGCACAGGGUGCCUAUUGCCAUUCCUUCAGGAAGAUGCAAGCCCUGAGCUCGGGCAAGGCUUGAGGCACAGAGCAAGGGCGACUUUAACUCCUAAUUGCCCCUUAGCCAAGCGCCUUUGCGCAGCCACAGACCAGAGGUCCUGACCUCUGAGUAUUUAGACUCGCUGAGUUGCUCCCGCCUGGCUGGGCCUCGUGUCCUUGGGGUGCAGCCCCUCUAGUUUGUCCGUGGAGUGGUGCCGCUGCCGCCGGCCGCUCAGUGGCGCCUCCACAGGGCGUGGUGCUCACUUCUCUGAUGGCUCUGCCCCUGCCGGACAUGGGUCGGCAUUCUUUGUCCGUUUGUCUUCAAGAUCGUACAACUUCCAUUCCAUUGCUUUUAUUUUUAUGGGAUUUUAUGAGGGAAGGAAGACAUGAGUCCUGUGUUCACUCUGCCAUCUCGAACCACAGACCCCAUUUGAGCUUCCUCACCACUGUUAGCUGGCUCAGUGCUCUGUGGACUUGUCUGUGAACUUGUCCUGAGUCCAGCUGGGGCUGUGGCCACAUCCGCCCUGCUGAGCUGUGGUCCGCUGAGCACCUUCUAAUCAUGCUGUGUGGGAGAGGGCGAACGCGCAGUGGAAGCUCUGCUCGAAUCCCACAGAAUAGUGAUUCUCCUUCCUUCCCACUUUUUUUCUCUCUUGCCUCCAUGAAACUUAGAUCCCCCACCUCCCCACAAGCUCCCGCCUGCGGAGUCCAUACACGUCUAGGUUUUCUCCGCCACCCUCACUUUAUUUGUAAACCAGUAGUCCAUCCACACUGGUGUUUGCCGGAGAACGAACAGGGUGGUCCCCUUGUCAGUGGGUUUUUGGACUUGGCAAGCACUUCCUCUAUCCAAACCUGGUCUGUACAGGAAGACGGGCUCCCACCAGGACUGGGAACCAGAAAGUGCACCCCUACUGCCCCCUGGACAGCUGCCCAGGACACACGCUGCGCCUUUCUCCCCUUCUGGAGUUCAGACUUUUCCCGUGAGGGACUUGACUCCUCUUUGUAAGGAGGCAGGAGCAUGCGGAGGCUGCCUGUACAGUCCGUCUUCAUCGAUUGUUAUAUAGGUUAUUUUUAUUUGAUAGCCUUAGGGAUCGUGUUAGGGUCCAUCACCCCUUACGUGGGAAAUGAGAAAACGGAAGAUCAGGAGGGAGGGAGGACUAGUCAGUCGCACAGCUGGUCAGUGGCCUCGGGAUGGACACCUUGCUCCCCAGUUAGGUUUUCUCCAAAGCUGCAGCCUCCGGCCCCCGAAGCGAAUCUGUGCUGCCCUCCUCGCCAAGGACUCGGCAUCGUGGAGCUAAUUUCUCCGACACACGUCAGAGUAAACAAGUGAAGAGUGUGUCUUACUCACUGUCAGAAUUCGUCAUGGCUUCUUUGGCGAGAAAUGUUUCCUCUGUGAUUGUGUCAUUGGAGCGUGGUCAUGUGACAUGAACUCUUUCACACGAGUUUGAUUUUUCUCAGAUGUCAGAAGGACUCCAGAAACCCCACUGGAGUUUGGAAACGUGGCCUCUUUGUCCUCUCGCCUUGGAGACCUUGCUCAGGGACCUCAGGCAGAUGGCCGGCCUGUACUCGGCGUCAUAAUCUGAAGUUCCAGAGGGGGCUGUGUCGGAGCCGCAGGCCAGCGUGGCUUCUCGGAACCUUCUCAGCGAUGCCCUUGCCAGGAACCAGAGCGUGGGUCCAGAUGUGCUGUUUCUCCUCCCCCGACGUUGCAUAAUCUCCACCGGAACCGCCUUGGGGGAGAUUUAAUGUCUUGAGUCUGCGCUGCCGUCUGGAGCCCUCGCUGAAUAGCAGGUCACUGUUCUGGCCCAUCCGGCUGGUGAGCAGGGCUGCUCUGGUGACAAGGGCCAGAUGCUGGGGUGGGUGGUUAAAGGCUGAGAGCUGGCACGGGUGAUAUCAUGCUCAUUUGCAGAAAAGUGCUGUGGCGGUUGCCUUAACGGUUAGCCAAGAAAUGAGACGUAACUUCUCUGCUGGGCACUGAGCUCCUCAGCUCUGUUUGACUCUUGCCAGGCACUUUCUUGAGGAAUGGCCGUCAGCAUCAGGGGAGUGAGCCCGACACAUGAGAAGCAUGGGCUUUACGUGAGAUGCGCCCCCAAUUCCCCAUUUCCGUCGUGUGCAGACCGCGUCUUCAGGCUCCAUGUGAGCACUCAGCCCCACUUGCGCUGAUUUUUAAGAGCUCCACAGUGACCUUCUGGCCUUGUCACUUCUCUGCCUCCACCAGUGUGCACAGGACCGGGCUUGGGAUGAACCCAGUUGAGUAAUGGGGUGAAAGCCUGGAGACUCGGGGCUCCUCUGCUACAUUGCCAGACCCCGCAGUGCUGGGAAGACUGACCUGUCUGUGUUUACAACUUUUUCUUAGAACCUUGAUGAAAAUACAUCAGGCGAACAGCUCUUCCCAGCCCGGGGCUCAGGCAUCAACAAGCCACAAAACAAAGAGAGCCAGUAUUGUGUGCAGUUUGCCCACGUGGUACUGUUUAAAUACACACACAACUCAACAGUCAGCAGCCCUGACCCCACUGCUAACUUUUAAAAAUCUGUGACACACAGAUGCCAAGUCUAGUUUUCUUCCAGCAGGCCUCUCUUACAUUGGACCCAUUUUUUAAAAACUCCCUCCCUCCUCCUCUGGGGUG